CCACCCCCAUCACCACCCCCACCUCCUCCUCCAUCACCGCCACCGCCUCCGCCGUCGCCUCCACCGCCUCCGCCGUCACCUCCGUCACCCCCAGCCUCAUACAUCCAAGAUUCUGCGUCUACCUGGAACUCAGAAUUCCUGUUCCUAGAUCUGGCACGCUCGAACAAGCUGAGAAAACCGAGUAAGACACACGUUUCAAGUUCUCCCACGACAUCUCCACUCUUCUCCUGUGCGUCAACGAUCACGCAUCGCAUUUUUAUCUCCCUUUUACUACCAGCGCCAUUGGGACCUAGAGACUCCCAUCUAAUCUUUGUGCCAUCCGGGAGCAAUCCCGUAUAACAACCUCUAGACCCAUCUUCGAUCUUGUUCGACCUUGCUUUUCUCUUUGGCAAUGGAUUUUCCGUACCGUGGCCGUACGGGUCGACGAAAACCCACGAAUGCGUGAGAGUGACGGUCUGUCGUGGAUUCAUGAAAUGUAUUUUCAUCGACGAGUCUCUGAUCGGGUAUUGGGCGUAUGCCAAGGUCUGAUCAGUAGAGCCGAGCAGAAGGCGGAGCUGGCCUCUACGCAAGAUGGCACGACGCGUUUCGUCUGAAGACGGAUCUUUCGGUUGUUUCUGUGCACUGGCCGAGGUGGGGGGGUAGGUGAUCGGUUGGAUGGUACAUUUGUCGGCGUGAAAAAUGUGUCGCUCAAAUGUCAACUUGUAUGCUACUGCCAUUCUAGUUUCGCUCCAAGAAUUGAUUUGAUGAAAAGAAAAUUGGGGAAUCGGUGUCAAAAUGGUUUCUACAAAACCCUCAGCGGUUGCGAAGAAUAUAUCUACCUGUACUGGCCCCCACGGCAAGGCGCAGCUGCCAGGCUGAAUGACACGUCCGGUUCUCGCCUUUUUUUCUU